CGGGCACCUACCUCUCUUCUCCAAAGUCCCACAUCACGGCCGCACUGAAGCGCGAGCCGGUUACCCGCUGAGGCUCUGCUCGGGGACGUUUUGGAAGGUUGUUGGUGAUAUGUAUAGGAUACAUGAGCGAGAGGAUCUGACGAACUUUUCUCCAGCGUCUCCAACAGCCCUUAUAUCAUGAGCACCACAGCCAAUGGCAACGACAGCAAAAAGUUCAAAGGUGACAUAAGAGGUCCCAGCGUGCCAUCCAGGGUCAUCCACAUCCGCAAGCUUCCCAGCGACAUCACAGAGGCGGAGGUGAUCAGCCUCGGCGUGCCUUUUGGAGACGUCACCAACCUGCUGAUGCUCAAAGCCAAGAACCAGGCCUUUUUAGAGAUGAACUCAGAGGAAGCAGCUCAGAACCUGGUGGGUUAUUACUCCACCAUGGUGCCGAUCAUCAGGCACCAUCCAGUAUAUGUACAGUUUUCCAACCACAAGGAGCUCAAGACUGACAACUCCCCAAACCAGGAGAGGGCUCAGGCGGCUCUUCGGGCUCUGAGUUCAUCUCACGUGGACACGGCGGCGGUGGCUCCGAGCACAGUACUGAGGGUGGUGGUGGAGAACCUCAUCUAUCCCGUUACCCUGGAUGCCCUGUGCCAGAUCUUCUCAAAGUUUGGCACCGUGUUGAGGAUCAUCAUCUUCACAAAAAACAAUCAGUUCCAGGCUCUGCUGCAGUAUCCGGACGGCGCGUCAGCCCAGGCGGCCAAACUGUCUCUGGACGGUCAAAACAUCUAUAAUGGCUGCUGUACUCUGAGGAUCAGCUUCUCCAAACUCACCAGUCUCAACGUCAAAUACAACAACGAGAAGAGCCGAGACUUCACCAGACCAGACCUUCCCACUGGAGACGGCCAGCCCACCAUGGAGCAUACGGCCAUGGCUACAGCCUUUACUCCAGGCAUCAUCUCUGCUGCACCGUACGCUGGAGCCACUCACGCUUUCCCACCAGCCUUCACCCUGCAGCCUGCUGUGUCCUCCCCCUAUCCAGGCCUUGCGGUCCCCGCUCUGCCCGGAGCCCUGGCCUCUCUGUCCCUCCCUGGGGCCACCAGAUUGGGAUUCCAUCCAAUCCCUGCUGGGCACUCUGUCUUGCUGGUCAGCAAUCUCAACCCUGAGAGAGUUACGCCCCACUGCCUCUUUAUUCUCUUCGGUGUCUAUGGAGAUGUCAUGAGAGUGAAGAUUCUGUUCAACAAGAAAGAAAACGCUCUGGUUCAGAUGUCUGACAGCACACAGGCUCAGCUAGCCAUGAGCCACCUGAAUGGCCAGCGGCUGCACGGGAAGCCUCUGCGCAUCACUCUGUCCAAACACACGAGCGUUCAGCUUCCUCGCGAAGGGCACGAGGACCAGGGCCUGACCAAAGACUACAGCAACUCCCCCUUGCACCGCUUCAAGAAGCCUGGCUCCAAGAAUUAUUCCAACAUCUUCCCGCCUUCUGCCACCUUACACCUUUCCAACAUUCCCCCCUCUGUGGUUGAAGAUGAUCUGAAGAUGCUGUUUGCCAGCUCAGGAGCCGUGGUCAAAGCCUUCAAAUUCUUCCAGAAGGACCAUAAAAUGGCUCUAAUCCAGGUGGGCUCUGUGGAGGAGGCCAUCGAGUCCCUCAUAGAAUUCCACAACCAUGAUUUGGGAGAGAACCACCACCUGCGAGUCUCCUUCUCCAAAUCCUCAAUCUGAGCCACCAUCUGAAUCCUGAGAGUCAGCACGACAGUAUCUACCACACUCCAAUCAUUCCACCACAUGUCUGUAGAAAACACAGUAGAGUCUGGAUUAAUGUUAAAUUAUUAUUAUUAUUAUUAUUAUUAUUAUUAUUAUUAUUAUUAUUAUUAUGCUUUUUUUUUUUUUUUUUUUUUUUUUUUAAGUUUUUCGAUUCUUUGCCUUCUGACAGAAUUAAGGUCUCUUGAGGAGAAAUCUGACUUUAUUCUCUCAAAUUUUAUAAACUAGAGAAUAAAGUUGUAGUUCUGACCUGUUCAGGCUUUCUGGAAUAAAGCCGGAGUUCUUCGGUUAGUCUGAAUUCAGACAGCAAAGUACUUUUUUAUCUUGCCUUUGGGCUUUGUUUCCACACCGAGGCAUUAAAGUCGGCCUUCUUAUCCAAAGAUGUUACGUUUUUCAGAUUCAGACUUUUACUUUGAUCUUAAAUUAGCCCAAGUUUUACAGGUGGCCCUGUUCCUUUUUAGCUCUCCCUUUAAAAGUUCCAGCUCUGCUUGUAAACGAUCAGAGGUCAGAUGUCCGCUCAGGCCUGCUGGUCCAAGUCUGGCCCCGUAAAGAGAAGCCUGGCUAGACCUUCACAUGAUCCCUGUGCCUUAUUCCUGGAGUGUGAAUGACCGUGAUUAUGUCAUGUUUAAGAGAAAGAGGAAAAAAAAAGAGAGCAGGUUUACAGUUGAAAAGGUUUACUGUUAAUGAGCUGUAUUACAGAUAUAUCUGCGUUUUCUGUCUCUAGUGUUUUGUACCACUGUGUUACUGUAGUGUGAAACAUGAACUGAUUGUCUUUUAGCAGGUUUGCUGGGUCUUUAGUCCUAAAUGCAUUGUUUUUCUUUUUGAUUUCUGUGUUUGCAAUCAUGUGUUAAUCAAAUGUUGUAGCAAUAUUUUAAUCAUUCCUGAUAUAACUGUUUUUGUGUUAGGUUUUUUUUUGGGUGCCUCUGUGAGCUCGGCCUUUCACGGCGUGCAGACGAAUGUUUUGUCUAGUUGGUGAAUCUGGUCAGGUUGUCUUGUGUGUCGCCUUUCUGGAUGGUUUUAUUUAUAAGUUUGUGAUCCACUACAGCUGAAACCAAAAAUGGCCUUCAGGAUGCAAACAAAUAUGUCUGCCUCAGGUUUCUGGUUUUAUGGACUACAGAAAGACUGCAAGCUGGUUUCAGCUUUCUUAUUUUCCUGUGAGAAUGCGGAAUGUUUUUAUUCAUUUCUUAAUUGCAAAACCAGAUGUUUGGAGUGCCUUUGACGCAGCACUGAGUUGUAAUCAGGCAUUAAUUUAUCUGUAUACUGAUGUGACAGUUUGGCAGGGAGGAAGACCACAGUCCUCCAAAACCACAAAAUGCUGGUUUGAUCUGUUUGUGUCUUAAUAUGAAUAUUGUUAUUUUGUCAUUCCAGCUGCUCAGAUGUUCAACUGAACUUCAAAAAGACAAAGAUUCUUCACUGACCAUGGUUCAUUUAAACAGGUUCAUUGUGGUGCCUUCAGUAGAGCUGGGAGGGAUUGUGUGUUCACUUUGUCACUAGGUGAGGAGAAAAUGGUGAUUGUGUCCCAGUUUACUCCCUCCCUACAUACCCAGACCAAAGGUCCAGGUGGGCGGGUCAUUUCAGAGUCAAACAAAUAAACUGUAGCCGCGUUGCACCUGAAUUUAGACAUGACAAAAGCCCCUUCUCCAUUAGUACCUACUCGAGGCAACGAUAUACCUGCUGGUCAGUCUGUGGCCUUUUGUCAGACUCGGAACCACGACAUUGUUUUUUUUUUUUUUUUUUUUUGUAGCCAUGUCACUCGUUGCUGGGUUUCAAAAGUGGCGGUUUAGAUUUUUGUGAAUGAGACGGUCUCAUGACUCAUCAAAUGAAAUGACGGCACUGACCAGCCAGUCGGUGGCUCGCAGCCUGACAUAACAUUUAGUACCUGUUUGGAUCCCAUGGAAUCCCUGCCAAGUAGGUACUAUUUUAGUACCUGGUAUUAGGAACUAUCACCUAAUGGAAAACCCUGGCAAGUCGAUCUAAUGGAAAAGGGGCUAAAGGUACAUCUUACGAGGUCUCUGCACAUUGUGAUUUCAGAGUUUGUAUGGAUGUGCGAGGAAUUUGAGACAGUUUCUAAAAUUCACAGCUAUACGUAACAGGUAGGCACAUGUGUCCAUCAGGACUCUGAGACAUGUCAACGAUAACAACCAAACCCUCAUGUACUGAAACUUUUUACCAUCUUCUUUCAUUUAACUUUUCAAUUGGCUUUAAUUCUUACUGCGGGAUUAAAGUACUCAUGUUCGUAUUGUUGGCAAGAGAAGUCUGAGCUCCUAAACACAUAUGUUAAAAAAACAAAACAACUCCGAUAAUGAAGACACAUGUUCACUGAACAGAGGGUGUUUGUAUUGGCGAUUGAUCAACUUAAACUGUCCAUUUUCUUCCACUAUCAGACUGUGAUGUGCAGUUCAGGGUUGUGAUAAACCAGCUCAUUGCAGUUCACACAAUGUAAAGCUAAAACCUUUCUGAUUAUGUGAGGUGCAAGUCUGACCUGAACCUGACUGCUGUUACCACAGUGUCAGGGAUGUUCAUCUGUCAAACUGAUAGACGUGCUGCAUGCUGUUCAUCACUACAUAGAGGCUGGGAGACAUAUUAGGACACAGUUCCCUUUAAUCUGAAACCGCAGCCUUUCCGUUGGGACAGAUCCCACAGGUGACUGGAAUGCAUCACAAAACCUGGUCAGGUGAGGUGGGAAUGGGACCAGUCAGUCAGUAACAGGAGGGAGGGGCAUUCAGCUGUACAUACACGUUUUAUACCACAGUUCAGUGUCUAAAAGGCGAUUGUCAGUUUUCUAUCUGAUGAAAUCUGUAUAUUUUGAUUAAAGUGUGAAAUCGGUUCUGAGCCUUACAUUGUU